UUUGCUUCCACUCAAAAGGUAGCAGUGCAAAACUGUAGCCACAAUGAAGAGACUUAUUCCUCUCACAGGCAUUUGCUUAUUAUUUAUUCAUCUUGGCUCUGCCUAUCAACUUAUAUGUUACUUCACCAGCUGGUCCCAGUACAGACCUGAUCCUGUGAAGUAUGUACCUUCCGACAUUGAUCCCUUCCUGUGCACACAUCUAAUCUAUGCAUUUGCCAGCAUUAACUCUAAUCAGCUGGUUACCUACGUGCAGAACGAUGAGAUUCUAUACAAAUCCAUCAAUAGUCUGAAGCAAAUUAAUCCAAAUUUGAAGACACUUUUGGCUGUUGGAGGAUGGAACUUUGGAACAGCUCUAUUCACUACUAUGGUGUCAACCAAAGAAAACAAAAAUACAUUUAUAAAGUCGUCCAUCAGCUUUCUCCGAAAGUAUGGAUUUGAUGGAUUGGAUCUAUACUGGCAAUAUCCUGGAGCUCGUGGAAGUCCUCCAGAGGAUAAGCAAAGAUUCACUCUGCUCUGUCAGGAGCUUAGACAGGCCUAUGUGGAAGAAAGCAUUGCUACCGGAUGUUCUCGGCUUAUGCUCACAGCUGCAGUGGCUGCUGGGAAAUCAGUUAUAGAUGCUGGAUAUGAAAUUGCUAAGAUUGCCAAGUACCUGGACUUCAUUAGCGUGAUUACAUAUGACUAUCAUGGGUCUUGGGAAAGUUUCACUGGACACAAUAGUCCCCUGUAUCAAAGGUCUCAGAAAACAGGAGAUGAAAUCUACCUUAAUACUAAUUAUUCAAUGACAUACUGGAAGAAUCAGGGUGCUCCAGUGGAGAAGCUGAGGAUGGGUUUUGCUAUGUAUGGCAGGUCAUUUCAACUGUCAUCUACAAAGAAAGCCUUGAGAGCUCCAUCGAGUGGUCCUGGUUCUGCUGGCAAUUACACCAGAGAGUCAGGCAUCCUGUCUUUUUAUGAGGUCUGCAGCUUUCUUAAAGGAGCCAGUACACAUUGGAUUGAGGAUCAAAAAGUACCCUAUGCCACAAAGGGGAAUCAGUGGGUUGGCUUUGGAAACAGUCAGAGCUUUGAGAUAAAGGUGGCUUACCUAAAAGAAAAUAAUUUUGGUGGGGCCUUUGUCUGGGCUCUUGAUUUGGAUGAUUUUACUGGACAUUUCUGUGGCCAGGGAAAAUACCCUUUCAUCAGCCUGCUGAAGAACCUCCUAAAAAAUGGUCUUCCUGCUUCUAAUGCUGAAGGUCCUUCUGCUGAAUGUCCUAUUGCUUCUACUGCUAAGGUUCCUCCCAAUCUGCCCCCUGCUCCACCUACAAAAGAUUUUACAGCUGCAGGUCCCCAUUAUUAUUGUGUAUCAUUAUUGUAACCCUUGUAUUGUCUUUACUUUUGAGACACUCUGGCAUCCCUUGGGUCAAAUUGAACCGGUACAUACUGUAUUUUGGUUUUAAAAACAAUUUUGAAAUAAAAUUUUAAUUCAUGAUCUGUCAACCUAUAUUGUCUUUUUCUCAAUUUUCAACUACAGAGAACAUAUAUGUUUAAUGUUGGCAAAUAGUAUUUACUGAAACACAAUUAACAAUACAAGUAUCUGGUCUUUGUUGACUGUAAUCCAGAUUGUUAAUGCAUUAUAGGCAGAGACAAGUUGUAUGUUGUAAAAGAUCAGGUGUGGCCACUGUAGUAUUCUUCUAUGACAGCUUCCCUUACGGAAGAAAAUAUAUGACAAUAUAUUGUAAAAUAUAAUGCAAUAUAUUUAAUACAUUUCCAUAUAUAGGAAACUUAUAUGCUUAUAUGUAUUAAAAUAUUGCAAUAUAUGAAUGGACCGUGUAUGGAUAUACAGUACUUGGAUAACGCUUUAGUCAUUUUCUUAAUCUUCUCAAAUGUGCCUCAAACAUGGCUUAUUACCUGUAAAUCUCACAGAAUUUCACAAAGUAGACAGUGCAUGUAAACUGUGUGCAUUUGGUUUUUUUGUAUGUCAUGUAGAAUUGAACUCAUCAUUACUUUAAAAAAAUACUUUUUACUACUCCAGGAAUGAUGUUGCAAAAACGUAAAA